CCUGCUGCCUGUGUGUACAAAACAAACCAGCAGCCCGUUAGCAGACUAUAAACGCAGGAAUAAUUUCCUGAAGUGAUUAAAUAUGUCGGUGUUUUGUUGUACGCGGGUGUUUAAGCUGAGCUGUGAUUUAUUUUAAUAGCGACGGUUUGAUGGAGGCGCGUGGGCAUGUCAGGGCAUGUAGCGAGCUGAAGGUUUUUGGAAAUUUGAUCUGUUUUUGCCUUCACCUGGUUUGGAAGUCAUGGCAGCGGACUGUGAGGCAUGGCUCAACGCCAACCCUGUGGAGGCGGACGAUUUGAGCGACUCGUAUCAGUCAGGCAACGAGGAGAACGGCGUCGGACCCAAAGCCGGCGACGAGAUCAACGGGAACUGGGUUCCCGCAUCGGUGGGAACGGUGCACGAGGCCCGGGUCAAGGCCAAGGCCAAGCGGCGCCUCCGCAAGAACUCGUCAAGGGACUCGGGUCGGGGGGACUCACUGAGUGAGAACGGAGACGCAUCCCGCUCCAUCGUGCCCCCGGCCAGUCCCAAGGGCAAAGUGCUUGACCGCAGAUCACGUCUGGGCAAAGGGAGGGGCCUGCCAAAGAAAGGUGGCGCUGGUGGUAAAGGUGUGUGGGGGACGCCGGGGGAGGUGUACGACGUGGAGGAGGUGGACAUCCGGGACCCCAAUUAUGAUGAAGAUCAGGAGAACUGUGUGUACGAGACAGUGGUGCUGCCUCUGGACGAGGACAACUUCACUCGGACGGUCACGCCCAUCGUCCGGGAGUACUUCGAACACGGAGACGCCAACGAAGUAGCGGAGUUAUUGGGAGAGUUAAACCUGGGCUCCAUGCGCAGUGACGUCACGCUCCUGGCGGUGUCGCUGGCUCUGGAGGCCAAGGCGAGUCAGAGAGAGCUCACGUCCCUCCUGCUGUCGCGGCUGUGUGGGCGGGUCCUCAGCCGCGCAGACAUCGAAGCCUCCUUCCACAAGCUGCUGAAAGAGCUGCCUGACCUGGUGCUGGACACGCCCACAGCGCCGGAGCUGGUUGGUCAGUUCAUUGCCAGAGCAGUAGCAGAUCAAAUACUCUCCAAGAGCUACAUCGAUGGCUAUAAAGGUAGAGUGGACUGCGAGCAUGCCAGGGCCGCUCUGGACCGUGCUGCCGUCCUGCUGAAGAUGAGCAAGGAGGCGGGACUUAAGAUCGAUAAUCUCUGGGGCUCAGGUGGAGGACAAAGACCUGUCAAUCAACUUAUCAAAGAGGUAAACCUGCUACUUAAGGAGUACGUGCUCUCGGGUGACGCGGCCGAGGCCGAGCGGUGUCUGAAGGAGCUCGAGGUGCCGCAUUUCCAUCACGAGUUUGUCUACGAGGCGAUCGUCAUGGUUCUGGAAUCGAAGGGAGACUCCACGCUCCAAAUGAUCUUGAAGCUGCUAAAAUCUCUUUUUGACUCAUCAGUCAUCACUCUGGACCAAAUGAGAAGGGGUUACGAGAGGGUGUAUAUGGAUAUCGCUGAGAUCAACAUCGACGUCCCGUGCGCUUACUCUGUACUGGAGCACUUUGUGGACAAAAGCUUUAGCGCCGGAGUCAUCGACAAAAAGCUGAGAGACCUGUGUCCGUGUCGAGGAAGGAAGAGGUUCGUCAGUGAGGGAGAUGGUGGACUUGUCAAACUGGAGACCUACUGAGUCCGCCGCUUCUCGUGUCCACACCUUGUGUCCGCCGCGUCUGAGGAAACUAGCACUCUACUUGUCUAAAAACUGCAUACGCGUGUGUGUAUUCUACAGGUUUAAGUGUGUGUAUAUAUAGCUCCUCCUCCUCACAAGAACGUAGUGCAGAAUCGCACGCGCGCACACCUUUAAGGUGACUAGAUAAGCUAAAACCCUAAGAAAAAGUGCCACAUUUUGAAAUGACUGAGUCAUUCCAGGUUUUGUAUUUUUUUUUUUUUUUUUUAAGUUCACUCCCUGUUAGUAGGAUAACUUGAGGCAGAGUUCAUUUAACCAGUCUUAUUUUAUCCAGCCUGUAUAGUAAGUUUGCUUUGAGAAUUUCCACUUUGUUGAACUUGUCUUCACUCUCAACUUGGCAGUGUUUAUACAUUUAUAUGGGUUUGUGUUCAAGACCUUCAUGUUGGUUUAAGGCUUUUUUUUUUUUUUUUUUUCACCCUCCUUUUGUUUUUUCAAUCUGCCUGAACUCUUUCCAUGCGUAUCCUUGUUUCAUUAUUCGGUCUGACAAAGACAUCGAUACUGGAUGCAACUGAGAACAAAAUGGCAAUACCGAGAAAUGUGAACCAAUCGGCAUUAAAACCGUUAUUUUUGUAUUUUUCCAAACCAUAACACGUGGGCAUAUUUACCAAAUGUUCUCGCUCUUUGUUGACUAUGGUUAAGAAAUAAAUAAAGGUUAAAGUAA